UUAUGAAGUCCCAUAUAUUGUAUAGUAAAACAGUACAAUGUAUACGCUUGGGCUACUUGUGGCGCUACCUGUGUACAAGCGUCCAUGCCAUAAGAACGGCUGCAGUAUAAUACUUAGUAGAGAAAGUGUAGCAGUGGAAGAUAUACUGUAUAAGAAAUGUUUUUGAGUGUAUCCAUUUCAGAAAUACAGUGAAUGUAUGACAACGGAAAUAUUUCUAAAGCAUUCGCUCGAACACAAGACAACGCUCUAAAGGACACUAUCUUGCUUUCACUCUUGGAAGGCCUAAAUACAAUGACGACGUCACCUAUGCUUUUGAUAAUAUAGUAUCGAGCGCAAAGCAUUCUGGGAUAGGCUUCGCUUCUCCUCUGUAACGACUGCAAAAGAGACUAAAGUAGUUAGUGUCAGAGCUCCUCGGUCACGUUCCUCUUCCAGUGAAAAAAAAAGGUCUGGUGGCGCAACUCAGGUAACGACAUUCUAUCGCAAUGAGUCAGUUUAGAGUACGUUCGAUAAUGGCUUCUGAAAGGGAUAUUAUAACUUACAUAGAAACAUUAUCAGUGAAAGAAAAGUGGAGGCCAUGCUCGAAUGAAGUAGAAACGUAUUUUAAGUUGGAUCCCACGGGCUUAUUUAUUGGUGAAUUGAAUGGCAAACCAAUUGGCUGUGUCUUCGUCUUAAAGUACGACGAAACCUACUGUCUAUUUUCCUCUUUUAUCAUCGAGAAAGAGUACCGUGGCAAAGGCUUUGGAUUGGAGAUGUACAAAACUGCUCUAAAGAGUGUUGUACCUUCUCAAAAUGUAGCAGCGUACGCCGUGGAUGAGAUGCUCAACAAGUACGUAGAAAAGUUUAGUUUCCAACCUCAAUGGUUGGCGCAUAUUCUAGACCUUCAUCUGCCUUCUGCUUUACAAGUUCUUAGCCACCUUCCAUCAAGCCGUCUCUACUUUGCCAAGACCCUUGAUGAAGUCGAUCUUCGAGCUUUGUAUGACUACGACACAGAAGUUUUUGGAUACCCACGUGAAGCAUUCUUGCAAAAGUUCCUCCGUUUACAAGGAAGUCACGCACGCGUUGCUGUUGAUACAGACGACAAUAUAGUCGGGUACACAGCUGCAAGAGUAGCAAUCGACAAAAACGAAGGCUAUUAUCUUGGGCCACUAUAUGCCGAAUCCUCGGAAAUCGCCAAACUUUUACUGAAAGCUAUCUUUGAAGAGAUGCUCGAGAAAGGAUCGUCUUCGUCUCCAUCGGUUUUGUUGAGUUGUCCAGUAGGUAGAAAUGCAGAGGCAAAGAAGCUCAUGGAAUUAUUUGAAAGUAAACUUGCCAUGCAAAUGACAUUCAUAACUACCAAAGGGAUUCCAAWAGGACGCUUUGACAGCUGGUAUGCCGUGAGUGCAUAUUUCGGUUGAUAGAACUUAGACAUUGCAUAUCCAAGUAGGCAUUGCUAAUUGACAUUUACAUUUAUUUUGUAUGUAAUUAUGAUAAAAGAAAGAUCUUUUAAUUUUGUUUAUAAAAUAAUUGGGAUACUACGCGCGCUAUGAUUGGUCGAAAACCAUGUUUGAUGAGAGUAUCAAA